AUGGGGAAUAACAAUGCGGAAAAUGAGAAGGGAGCAGAUGAGGAUAUUGCAAGAACUGUGCAAGAUAAUAUUUGGGUCAUUGAUACUUGUGAUCUUCAAAUUGAAGCCGAAGAUUGCCUCAAAGUAGAAGCCACCAUUGGUCUAGAUUUCGUCGUUGGACUCGUCAGUCACACACUGGGAAGUUGGUGUACCGCACAUGUAAGUUAUUGGCGAGCUUCCAAUAGUGAUACGCUAGAGAUAGACGCUAGAAGAUGGGGCUCACGAGUGAGAAUGCCUUGCUCCUGGUCCGGCAGAGGAAAGAGUGAAUAG